AUGACGGAUGAACGCAUCCUUCAUUGCGAGACGUUUAGAGCGGGGCUGGGUACCGUGUUCCCGAAUUUCGUGUUGAGCGACACGAGCGGAGAGAUAAAUUUGAUCGCCUCAAGGGAUUCAACGGAGGAGAUCUUUGGAAUGAUCACGGUUGGACAAGGCUACAAGAUAAAUGCAUUCAAGGUGAAAGCCGUGAAUCCCCAGUACCGAGCGACAGAACAUGAAUGCGAGCUCCAGCUCACGAAGCUGAGUAAACUCGUUCCGAUCACGGGAAACGAUCUCCCGAAGACUCAGGCGCAAACCACACUUCUGAUUGAGUUGCUCUCGAAGCCCGUGAACACGACGGUCGAUGUCCUCGUAGUGGUAUUCGACGUGAGGCCACCCCAAACUUUCAACUGUCGAGAUGGUAUCAACCGCGAAAAACAAACGGUUACUGUACUCGACGACUGUAUGAAAAUGGUGAAUCUUGGAAUCUGGUCGGAGUUUGUCGGCAAAUUAGAUGGAAAAGAAGGUGAUGCAGUCAUUCUAAAGAACCUUCAUGUGCGAGAUUACAACGGCACAAGACAACCGUCAACAACGACAAACACAAUCAUCCGUGAAGCGGGAAGGGAUGCCGAAGCAGAAAGGCUUCAAAAGUGGUUCAAAACCGACGGAUGCUGCCUUGAAUUCGAGGAACUCAUCCUCCACACUGAAACUGCAUAA